AUGACACAAACUGCAGAGGAGAGUGAACCUACAGCACAAGAUGUCCCCCUUAUGUCAGAAUCCCCUGGUGUUCGCGAUGGACCAACCAUAUCUGCAGACAUUAUGGAUCAGACCAGUGCUGCUGUUACUACGAGAGCUGCUGCACGUCGCUCUGAGAUCAGUACACGACUGGCAAAUCUACAAGGUCUGGAGGCACUACUAAAAGGCGAGGAUAUAGCUGAGCAGCAGAAAAAUGAUGCCACCCUCUCCAAACUACGUGAAUUAGCUGAGCAACGUCAUGUUCGCCUCUACAAGGGAAUAAAGAUGGACUUUAUAUGGCAGAACAACAGACUUUACCGACGAACUACCUUGCCUCAGGGUGAGGUGAAGCUGCAGUUCGUUGUUCCAGCUGGAUGUCGCCAACAAGUCUUCAAGUUGGGGCACCACUCGCUCCUCGGAGGUCACAUGGGGGCAGCCAAAACUCUCGCCCGAAUACAAGCCACCAUGUUCUGGCCUGGAAUGGGAGCUGAAAUCUUAAGACUCGGCCGUUCCUGUGACAUAUGUCAGAAGACAACGGACAAGGGACGCAAUACUGCAGCACCUCUACAGCCACUUCCUGUGAUUUCGGAACCGUUCUCUCGCGUGGCUGUCGAUAUUGUGGGUCCCAUUACACCUUGUGCUGACGAUAAAUCGAAAUACAUCCUUACAGUCGUUGAUUUUGCAACAAGAUGGCCAGAAGCUGUUGCCCUGAAGAACAUAGAAGCUGCCACGGUUGCAGAAGCUCUCUUCGAUAUGUUCUGCAGAGUCGGCAUACCCAAGGAAGUACUGAGCGACAGAGGUACACAGUUUACAUCAGGCAUGAUGGAAGAGACCUGGAAGCUCCUUUCAGUAAAGGGCAUGAGAACUACACCAUACCACCCACAAGGAAAUGGUCUUUGUGAGCGAUUUAAUGGCACACUAAAGAAGAUGCUAAAACGUAUGGCAGCAGACCAGCCGCGGGAAUGGCCUCGUCUCUUGGCACCGCUGCUGUUUGCCUACAGAGAAGCCCCGCAAAGUUCCUUAAGAUUCUCCCCAUUUGAGUUGGUGUACGGUAGACCAGUAAGAGGCCCUUUGCAAGUUCUGAGGGAGCUGUGGGACAACACUGAGGAUGACCCAGUAAUCACCUCCUCUUAUCAGUAUGUUCUGGAUCUGAGUGAACGCUUGCAUUCUACGUGCGAACUCGCAAAAGAGGAGCUUUUGAAAAGCCAGGUCACUCAGAAGUCUUAUUAUGACAGGAAAGCCAAGUUUCGUACUCUUGAUGAAGGAGAUCAGUGCUUGAUAUUGCUACCUACGAGCACAAACAAGCUCCUAGCACAGUGGAGUGGACCUUAUACUAUUCUCAAACGAGUUUCAGACGUUAAUUACAUCGUAGGAAUCGGCCACGAGAAGAAACGUUUCCACAUAAACAUGAUAAAGAAAUAUUAUCCAAGGUCCUCCCCUGUACCUCAGUCUAGCCAUGCAACUCGUCAACAAGAAAAGAGUGACAAUCGACGUUCAGUCAAUGUUCGACGACGCUUCUCUUCUGCGAAAGGUGUUGAUAACUCGAAAAGGUUUGGUUCUACGGCAACCGUAAUACCUGAAGACUCUGGUUUCUGCCAGCCCUUGACUCCUGAGGCUGAUUCGAGGGAAGGACCAGAGAGUAUUAUCAUAAACCCGAAGUUAGAGGACCACCAUAAGGCAGACCUCCAUGAGAUCAUUCAGAAGUACCCUGAAAUCUUCUCUGAUCAACCCCGAGUUGCCAAGGUGGAAGAACAUCGAAUCGUCCUUCGUAAUAAAGAGCCAGUGCGCACAAAGCCAUAUCCCAUACCUCUGCGAUAUGUAGACUUGGUGAUCAAAGAGAUAAAGAAACUGGAAGCUAUGGGCAUUAUUGAACCGUCCAAGAGUUCGUAUUGUUCACCCAUAGUUGUGGUUAAGAAGAAAGGAGGAGACAUCAGGCUCUGCGGGGAUUACCGUCGCGUUAACGCAGCUACUCAUUUCGAGGCGGAACCAAUGUCUGAUCAACGCAUUAUCUUCUCACGUUUAUCUGCCCCUAAAUAUUUUACAAAACUGGACCUGACAAAAGGAUUCUUCCAGAUUCCCUUGCAUCCAGAGAGCAGGAAGAUAACAGCCUUCAAAACCCCCUGUGGACUGUAUCAAUACAAGGUGCUACCCUUUGGAUUAACGAACUCCCCCUCAGUCUUCAAUCGGUGCAUGCGUCAAGUACUUGGAGAUAUUUCGGGAGUAGAAUUUUUUAUGGAUGACGUACUCGUACAUACAUCGACUUUGGCUGAGCACCAGAAGCUUCUCGACGUAGUUUUCAGUAAAUCAUCUCUGCAUCGAAUGACCCUAAAACCCAGCAAGUGUGAGAUAGCCUUCACACGGACACACUUCCUUGGCCACACCGUUGGAGAUGGCAAAUGCGAGUGUCAGCAGGAGAAACUACAGAAGAUUCGCAUGGCACCGCGACCCGUAAAUCAACACCAUCUUCGUUCUUUCCUCGGCCUCGUUGGGUAUUAUCGGAGCUUCAUCAAAAACUUUACGCAGAUUGCUCUUCCACUUUUCAACCUCCUGAAGAAAGACUGCAGCAUCAAGCUGGUGUGGGGUGCAGAGCAGGAGAAAUCCUUCACUACACUAAAGGAAACCUUGUGUUCUGAACCUAUUCUCCGACUUCCAUCCAAAGAUAAACCCUUUACUUUGCGGACGGAUGCAUCGGGAGAAGGUGUUGGAGCAAUCCUUCUACAAGAGUUUGAUGGCAUAUUGUUUCCCGUAGCUUACCACAGCCGUAGACUCUCCAAAGCCGAAUGCAAUUAUUCGACAGUUGAACGAGAGCUGUUAGCGCGAUCUAAGACCGCCAACGCGCGCUUGAUGCGCUGGGCGCUCUACCUUCAACAAUUUGAGUUCAAUAUCCGCUACAUAAGAGGAACUGAGAACGUAGGAGCUGAUCUACUCUCAAGGCUGGUCAGCGGAAGCAGCAGUGACCUUAAGGACAGCCGAGCUGAAAUGUCUCGCAACCCAGGACCUCAACUACAAUAUCAUGAAGCGGAGGUGGAGCAUCGACUGCAGAAGAAUCCUUAUCCCUAA